AUGAUGGAGAAAGCAGAGUUACCUGUAGAUACGGCUUGUGAACCUGUUGAAGAAGCUCGGCAGUCUGUUGAGGGACAUGAUGUCAUAUCUGUUUCAAGUAGAGCAAACAGUCGUUUAAAUUUUACUAACGAUACGAAGGAAAACAACUCCCAAAGCCUAACUCAAAGCAGCAUAUAUAAGGAUAUUCUUAGUCAACCGGUGGGUCUCUCACACCGUGAGAGAUUACUGUGGCUUCAGAAGCGUAGAACGGAGGGGCUUUGGGCGCAAUGCGAUGAGUGCAACCUCUGGCGUUAUCUCCCACACGUCCUUGAUCGCUACGAGCUACCUCACAAGUGGUACUGUAACAUGAAUCCAGAUAAAAAUUUAGCAAGUUGCUCUGCUCCCGAGGAUCCAAUCCAUUUACGGGAUGAAGAAGAUCUCAUACACAGUAGAUUCGGAGCGGGUUCUGUAGUGUGGGCUCGAUUGCCCGGUUGGCCUUGGUGGCCGGCUAUGGUGGACGAUUGCCCGGACACCGAACAGUUUUACUGGCUAGACGGCUUCUCCGAUAUACCGACCCAUUAUAAUGUCGCGUUUUUCGAUAAAAACGAUGUCACCCGAGCUUGGAUCGCAAGUGAAAAUAUUGUAUCAUAUAGCAACAGUAAAAAAUUAGCGGACCGUGGGUUACAAACUAAAGCAUUUCGAAAGCGCUUGAUAACAGCUAUAAGACAAGCAGAUGACGCGGCAAAGCUACCACUUUCAUCUCGUCUCGCUAAGUACAGCUUCAUAGCCAGAUACAAAGGCAAUAUUUUAACCCCGGCUAAAAUAACCAAAGCCGAUAUAGAAAAGUACAGGCGACAUCUUAAACGAAAGUUUAACGUUGAAUUACCAUCUGAUAGCUCUGACUCUGACACUGAUAAUUCUCCAGUUAAAAAUCAUGAACCUAAGUCUAUCGAAGGAACACCGAAGAAGCAAAACGCUAAAGCGAUGAAACCGAAAAAAAUAUUUAAAAAGGCUAAAACUCCAAACCGUGCAAACGAAUUAAAAAAAGACAAUAUAGUUCCCGAUAAUAAUAACACAGAAAAUGCAGAAGUAAACAAGACGUUACAAGAGUCUAAUUCUAUGGCGGUUCAUGUUGACAGUGCCCCGGAUACUGUAAUUGGCUCUUUUGAUAAUGAUACUUCUAAAACUUACCUUCCUGAAUCUUUAAACUCUAAUAUAAGUGAGCCAGAGUCUCAGUAUCCUCACGGCGGCGGUGCUUCACCUGCUAGCGGCGAUUUUGACUUUAUAGAAGAUUAA